AUGAUCAGCGAAGAGAAUGAGGAGCUUUCGCCUGAGUCUACAAAAGAAUCUCAGCAGCAGAGAGUUUCGUGGGAUGGUAUCUAUACCUCGGAGAUUUUAGUCAUAUUUUUUACAGGAAUGCUACUGACGGGUAUCGUCCUCAGAAAUUUUGGCGGAGCUUUUGUUAGCGUGGCUGUGAUUAGCGAUUGGAGUGUUGUUUUACGUCGUAUAGCUUUUAUAGUGAUCUUGCUUCGUGGUGGGUUGUCACUUGAUGCUAAUGCCGUUCGCAGGCUUAAGGGUGCUUGUCUUCGCUUAUCUGUGAUUCCAUGUACAGCCGAGAUGCUGGCAGUUUCUCUCAUAUCGAAAUUGAUUUUCGGCAUGGACAUAAUUUUUGGAAUAGCCCUUGGUGCUGUUUUGGGAGCUGUUUCUCCAGCCGUUGUGAUUCCAGCCCUAUUGGAGGCCAGCAAAAACGGUUACGGGGUUCAGGCAGGAGUACCAUCUGUUGUGAUUGCUGCUGCUAGUCUUGACGAUGUCUAUGCCAUCACAGUUUUUAGUCUUAUUCUUUCGCUUGUUUUUCCUUCAGGUGGCUCGCCUAUGUUGACGGUUUUAAGCGCUCCUGUAGAAGUUUUUGCUGGAGUUUUCUUUGGGGCUGUCUUAGGCUUUAUUCUUCAUGUGGUGCCUCGAAAAACUGUGCAAAAUCUCCACUUCAUUCGUCUUUCGCUUUUGUUCUCGUUCUCCCUAGCGUUUUUAUUUGGGACAAUAAGACUACGAGUUGAUGGAGCUGGUGCUGUAGGUGUUCUUAUCGCUGCAUUCGUUGCUGGGCAUGCUUGGAAAAUGGAGGGUGAACUUCCCGAGGAGGAAUAUCUGGCUAUCAUGUGGCAUCACGUUUUUCAACCGCUUCUGUUCGGCCUCAUUGGCUUGGAGCUUAGUUUCGAUAUGAUCAGUCGUAGCACAUUGUUUCUGGGAAUCAUGGUGUUGGCAUUCGGUCUGACAUUCCGAUUUCUUGCAUCUUUUCUCGCUGUGUUUGGUUCUGAAUUGAAGAUGAAGGAACGACUUUUUGUAGCUAUUGCUUGGAUGCCGAAGGCAACAGUACAGGCUGCAUUGGCUCCAGUCGUCCUAGAAACAGCACGAUCUAGACCAUCUUCGACUUCCGUUCACAUCGAGAAUGGUGUUUUGAUUCUAGCUUUGGCCGUACUGAGUAUUCUUAUCACAGCGCCUAGUGGCGCUCUAGCCAUUCGACUAGCUACACCAAUCCUUUUGAAGAAAGAUAAAGUAAGUGCGGGUGAUAAUACUGCAGACGAAAUUGAGCUUUUAAAUAUUUGA